ACGCAAGCUUAGUCCUUCCUUUCUCCCCGUUCCCCACUUCCACUUCUACUCAUUUCAUUGCUUUUUCCCCCAUUUCAUAUAUUUGAUUUUCAGAUUAUUAGGUCAGGGUUUUUUUGGGGUUAAAAUAUUUGCAUCCAUCACCACCGGCAUGAUCGAGAUUGGCUUCUGCGAUUUUGAUUAUUAGGAAUCGUUAAAUCAGGGGAGGGUUGAGAGGUAGGGGCAUGGAGAACGGUCACGAUGCGAAAUUAGCUGAGAAGCUAUCGGGGUUGGCCUUCAACGACAACAACAACAAAAACAAAAACGACGAUGAUAGCUUGUUCCAGGCCAUGAAAGCUGUUGAGGCCGCCGAAACCACCAUUAAUCAACAGGCGGAAGAGAACAGUCGAUUGAGGUCUGAACUCCAGAAGAAGCUAGAGCAGCUCGAAAAAUUUAAAGGGGAAAGUGUUAGCAAUCAAAAUGCUUCUGCAGAGGAAGCUACUGAUACCAUCUUAAAUGGUACUUUGAAUGCAUUUUCUGCUGCUGCUGCUGUUGAUAAUAAUAAUAACAGGGCUCCAGCUCUUUCUGGACUCUCCUCGCCCUUCACGGUUACCUCUUUUUCGCAAACCAGGCAUCAGUUAGAAGGAGAAGACAAUUCUCGAUUGCCACAGGGUCUCAUGCCAAUGGCUCAACUAAAUAAUUCCAAUUCCAUUUGGAAACAGGAUGCUUCUAUCAAAGUUUGGGAACAUGAAGAAGAGAUUUUGCUGUUGCGUAAACAGCUUGCUGAAUUUUCUGUCAAGGAAGCACAAAUUCGCAAUGAAAAAUAUGUUCUUGAAAAGCGCAUUGCCUAUAUGCAUCUGGCCUUUGAUCAACAACAACAAGACCUUGUUGAUGCUGCCUCGAAAGCUCUCUCUUAUAGGCAAGACAUAAUUGAGGAAAAUAUUCAUCUAACAUAUCAAUUACAGGUUGGAAUGUUCCUGGAUUAUGUUUGGGCUGCGCAGCAAGAAAGAACAACUUUCGUGUCAUCUUUGCUUCCUCUAUUGACAGAGUAUUCCCUUCAGCCACCAGUUCUUGAUGCUCAAUCCAUUGUAAGCAACAUCAAGGUUCUAUUUAAACAUCUGCAGGAGAAGCUUCUUAUCACUGAGUCAAAGCUAAAAGAAUCACAGUAUCAAUUGGCACCUUGGCGGUCGGAUGUCAAUCAUUCCAAUUUUGCUCCCAAAUCUCCAUCUCAUUCCCUUGGUGCAACACCGACAGCUUCUAGCAAUAAUGGUCUUGAAUUGGUGCCCCGGCCGGUUUAUUCCCAAGGAAAGACACAGAUAAUCUCUGAUGCUCAAACAGACUCAAAUUGGGAUCUACCUGGUCAGCACCAAGGUGGCUUGGGUGGUGGCAUUGCUUCAAAAAAUUUGGAACCUGAUGAUUUGGGGAGGUAUUCACCCAUAGCAAGCAGGACUCCUACUGCUAUUGAGGUACGAACACAGCUGGAAGGAACUCAGGGUGACAUGAAUACCAUGCGAUAUGGUGAAGAGACUAUUAAUAGACAAGUUAAAUUUCGUGACCCUGUCAGCAAUAGUGAGAUGGAUUAUCCUGAUAUUGAGGGACCCCAAAUUGAAAGGGAACCUCCCUCCAAUUGGGGUUUAGGAAACUCGCCUUAUACUGCACAUGAUGACCCCAGUUCCUCUUAUCCUGCUUUUCUGCCAUCAGUUCUUGAAGAGCCUUCAUCUUCUUUUUCUGAGGCUGCAGAAGAUGAUCCACUUCCAGCUAUAGAAGGUCUCCAAAUUUCAGGGGAAGCUUAUCCAGGAAGGGAACUUCAGGCAUCUGGAUAUUCUAUUAAUGGAACAACUAGUUGUAAUUUCGAGUGGGUGCGCCAUAUGGAAGAUGGAUCUGUUAAUUACAUUGAAGGGGCAAAGCAACCAAAUUAUCUUGUUAAUGCUGAUGAUGUUGAUACAUACCUUGCUAUUGAAGUUCAACCUUUAGAUAACAGGAAACGCAAGGGAGAGCUGAUGAAGGUCUUUGCCAAUGAUCACAAGAAGAUCACAUGUGAUCUGGAGAUGCAAGCCCACAUAGAGAAGACUCUUCAUAGGGGUCAAGCUUCAUAUAAAGUUUCGUUUACGACAGGAUAUCUUGAUAUAUGGGAACCGGCUACGUUGACUAUUAAAAGAGAUGGUUAUAGUAUCAAGUGUAGUGGACCCAAUGGCCCUGUGGUCACCGAGAAGUUUUACCCAAGCACUCAGAUUAAAAUUACUUUUGAAGAGCCUAUGGAGUUUAUGAUUAUUGGAUCGAAUGGUGUCCAGCGUAUUUUACGAGCGGACAGCAGUUCACAAGAUAUUAGCUGCUCAAGAGAUACAAUUGUGCUCACCUUGAGAUUAUUUAUCAUACGGGCUGGUGAGAGAAGAAAAGGGAAGAAGAUACGUUUAUUCUUUAACAAAUAAGGUAUACAUGGUUCGUUCACUGUGCAGCUGAGUUAGAGACCUUGCUAUCGAGAUCGUGUAGAAUUUAUGUAUAUAUUUGAGAAAUGCCCCUCUUGCUCAACUUGUUGGGUAGUUAGCUUUGGUGGUCUAAUAUUCUUUACGGGCAGCAACGUUUGAGUUGUAAUUGCAUUUUGUAUCGAAAAUUUCGGUCCCCGUUGCUGUCUUAUCUUCAGACGGUGACGGGGAUUCUGUUUGUAAUACUUUCUGACCCCGUUAGGGGUCCAUUGUAUUUACA